GGCAGGAACCGAUUUUCUAAAAACAUGGCUUCUCAAGCUACGCUGAAGAAGCAGCAGGAUCUGCAAACCACAUAUCAAAACUACAAGAGCACACUCCAGACAAUCGCCUCAAAGAUUGGCGAUAUCGAGCAGGAAACUGAGGAGCACAAGCUUGUCUUGGAGACAUUAGAGCCGCUACCAGGCGACCGGAAAUGCUUCCGCAUGAUCAACGGCGUUCUGACUGAGCGCACGGUCAAGGAGGUAGUGCCGAUUCUGCAGACGAACUCGGAUGGGCUCAAGAAGGCACUGGAAGAGCUCGUCAAGCAGUACAAGUCGAAACAGGAGGAGAUGGAGAAAUGGAAAAAGAAGAAUAACGUCCAAGUCGUUCAGCAGCCCCAGUAGCGGGAGCAGUGGAACAGGUCCACUGGCGUACGUACGCAUAAGCUUAGGGCGGGUGACGCAACUACGCUUGCGGGCAUUUUGUUGGGCACGAGAUACGAAAGAGUUUGAUGCAGGGCUGUGGCAGUCUCUACAGCAUCAGCUCGAUGGUUUCCACCUCGCUUCAUCGUCAACCCAUAGCAGCACCCCCACGCUGUGGGCGUUGGGUCUAUUGACGAUACGCUCAAGCAUCAUUGUGCAGUCGCAAGUGGCCCGCCUUGAUAUGCGUUGGCUUAAUAGCUCGGCCCCUGAACGCUAAUGAAUUCAACCAUGGAUCGGAAGGCCAUGGACCGCGUCCUGACUUGACUUGGUCAUUAGUAGGGGCUGGCAGUAAUGAAAGCAUCACAUUCGUCAAC